CAGGAACCUCGGGGCUUUGCACAUGUCCACUUGAGUUUCUUCUCAUAGGUGGUGUUUGGAGUGAAAGCAUCAUGUGGCAGUGUGGAAGGGGUUCAGCAGCUCAAGCUCUUCGGAGGAGAUGGCACAGGACACAGAAAGACGAGUCUCACGUCUGCACUUUACAGAAAAACUUUAACCUCAGCACACUGUCAAGAGAAUGGCAUGGUUCCAGAAAGGCAGCCAUCACCUCUAUAUCUAACUGGAGUAAUCUGCAUGUAGCAGAAUGGAGAAAACUAAAGUACUCUAUAGUAAGCCCAGCCAGCUGGUUCCAUUCCAGAUCAUUUUCCAGCAGUGUAUCUGACACAGAUCCUAUUGAAGUCCAUAAGCAGAAGCUAAACCUGUGGUUUAGUCACCUCCCCCAAGAGGAGAAGCAGUUCCGCGGUUAUUUUUCCACAGAAACGAUGCAUGUGAAUCCCCUCAUACUGGAUCGAAAUCCGGAGGAGAGUAGAGGCCUUUCAAGCAGUCCCUUCAAGUCUGAAGUUCCCCCUAGCUCUUCUCUCACUGUUGAACAAUUAUUUGAGCCCAGCCAUGAGAUCGGUAGGGUGCAGGGCAUCAAUGUGUUGCUGUAUGGAGCUGUGGGGACUGGAAAGAGCACUGUCAUUCGGAAACUGGUACUGGACUGGUGUGCUGGCUCUACACUCUCUCAGUUCAAGCUGCUGAUUCCCUUCUCCUGUGAGGACCUUUCUCAGUUGUCUAAGUCCAUUUCUCUGCGAGACCUUGUGGGGAGGAAGUACAUGCAUCUACGGAAAACGCCUCUUCUCAGUGGGGAGGGAAUUCAGGCCAGGGAUGUGCUCUUCAUCUUCAAUGGCAUGGAGAAGAUGCAGCUGGAUUUUCGCAUCAGCUCCACUGAGCUGUGCAGUGAUCCAAAUGAGGUUCUUCCAACUGGGGCUAUUGUUGUUAAUCUUCUAAGGAAAUACCUCCUACCUGAGGUCAGCAUUUUGGUUACAACCCGGCUUUCUGCCCUGGACCUGAUUCCCAAGAAGUACGUGAACCGUUACGCACAAAUCUGUGGCUUCAACGAUCCAGAACUUCAGAGAGCCUAUUUUACCAGCAGACUGCUGUUACAGAAUGGAGAGAAGCCAAGCAAGGAAGCUGAGUCACUCAUAGACCUACUUUACCUCAACUUACAGCGUGAGAGCCAGUUAGCAGCAGCUUGUUUCCUGCCAUCUUACUGCUGGCUCACCUGUGCCACUCUUCACUUUCUACAUUUCACCGAUACACGGGCACCCAUUCGCACCCUCACUGGUAUCUACACCAGCUUCUUGAGGCUUAAUUUUGGAGGGGAGGUGCUUGCCUCAGGUGGAGCUGCAACAUCUCAGGAACAUCACAGCUCUCUAAUGCUGUACGUGGUCCGGACAGUGGGAAAACUUGCAUUCGAUGGCGUCACCAAGAAACGAACGUUUUUUAUGGAGGAUGAGCUGGAGCAGUGGGUGGGCGGAAAGACCAAAACGGAUGAGGAGCUGCGGCAGUUGGCGGUUUUUCGCACUGACGUUCUGGACUUCUUCCUGGUACCCUGUGUUGAACACAAUAAAUUGCUUUCUAAGUCAGACAACAGACGCUACGUCUUUGCUGUCCCUGCCAUGCAGGAGUAUCUUGCUGCCCUGUAUGUUGUACUUGGUGAAAACAAGACUGCUUUGGAAAAGCUGACCAAGCAAGUGUCUUCAGCAAUUGGACAAGCUGGUGAAGACUUAACAAGCCUGAUCGGCAUUCUUUCCAAGUUCAUACCUCUCAGGAUCUUUGCACUUUUCAACUUGUUGAAGUUGUUCCCCAGACUGUACGAGCGUGUCAGUAGCCACAGCAAAGGACGCAUUGCUCGCACCAUGGCAGUAGAAAUGUUCCGUUCAGAGGACAGCUUCAACGAGGAUGUUUUAGACCAGGUUGAGCAAACCUUGCUGGGAGUACACGGACCUGAACCAGAGGAGCAGCUGGAUGGCCGAGCGUUUGAGCUCUAUCCAAUCUUUAUGGGGGGACUUCUUCACUAUGGCAACAGAAGGCUGCUCGACCAGCUGGGCUGUAAUAUCAAGAGCACAACUGUGGCUCAGAUCACCCGAGCUCUUAAAAAGCACCUGGUGAAAGAGAGCCGAAAACAGCAGCCACCUGAAGAGCUGAUGGACCUGCUGGUUCUGCUUUAUGAGUUUCAGAACCCAAGGCUCACAGCUGAAGUGCUGCAGUCCAUUAAGACCAUCAACCUCUCCACAGUGCGAAUGACACCACUCAAGUGCUUUGUGCUUAGUUCUGUGCUGGACUGCACAGCCUCCAGCUUCUUAUUGGAUGAGCUUAACCUCUCCUCUUGUCACCUGACCCAAGAACUGCUGAAAAUGCUUUGGCCAGCAUUCCGCCACACUCAGAGUCUCAAUCUUCAGUUUAACAGACUUGGUCCUGAGUCCUGCAUAAUACUGCGAGACCUGCUACUUGAAUCCAAGUGUACAAUUAAAUCGUUACAGCUGUGUGAUAAUUCCCUGCUGGACGCCGGAGCCAGCCAUCUGCUGGAUGCUCUUGCGGGAAACCAGUCGCUACAGAGUCUGUCCCUGAUGCACACAAGCCUUGGGGACACCGCUGCAUUUGAUUUUGCAGAGCGACUGCACCAGCACGCCCAGCUGCUGGAGCUGAACAUGGCCUACAAUAACAUAGGCGACACUGCUGCACUCACAUUGGUGGAUGCCUGCCGGGAGCACCCAAGCAUUCACACAGUACAUCUGUACCUGAACCAGCUCAGUGAGGUUGGAAAGCAGUCUCUGUACGUGCGUGGGGUGCCAACAGGGCAGGGGGGCAGGCGGGUGAAGGUGCUGGCCUCGGUGACAGAGGGCUCCGACCUGUCGGAAGACUGGCACCCCAUCCUGAGCAUUAUCCAGAAGAACUCGUUGUCGUGGGAUCGGGAGAGAGUGCGCGAGCAGCUCGUGGUUUUCCUUAAGGAUCUGGAGUGGGGCCGAAAUCAACAGCAGAGUUUCUGGAAGAAGCUGCACUUUCGGAGGGUGGAGAGCGGAGUGAGGCAGACACUGCGCAUGCUGGAGAAGAGCACCGCAACGGGCUCUGGGGCAGGUUCAAACUAA